UGCGCCCGAGGAGAGGGAAGCGGGCGCAUCGCUGGGGCUGCUCCGCUCCAGCGCGCCCUCGCGUUCCCUGCCGCCCGCCGAGGCGCGGGCAGGGCGCAAGCAGCCUCGGGAGGCAUGGAGAGCCUGCUGGAGAAUCCGGUGCGUGCUGUGCUCUACCUCAAAGAGCUCACGGCCAUCGUGCAGAACCAGCAGAGCCUCAUCCACACCCAGCGUCAGCGUAUCGACGAGCUGGAGCGGCGGCUGGACGAGCUAAGCGCCGAAAACCGCAGCCUGUGGGAGCACCAGCAGCUGCUGCAAGCCCAGCCUCCGCCUGGGCUCGUCCCACCGUCCCCAACCCCGCUGCCGGCUAUCCCGGCAGCCGCCGUGGCCCAGGAACAGCUCCAGAACCACGGACAGCUCCUGUCCUCCCCGCCACAGACAGCGCCGGAGCAGCCGCCGCUUCAGCACCACGGACAGUUCCUGGUGCAGCCCCCACCGGGCCCUAGCACUAGGGCGCACGCACCCCAGUCGCCCCACCAGCACCCAGUGGCGCCAGGGGCCGUCGCCAACAAGGAGAAGGAGCGUUCCCCGAGUUGUUGCGCUGCUGCUGGAACCCUCCUUCAGCACAAAUCCCCUGCUGCCCUCAGCAAGGGCGUCCUGAGCAGGAGAACUGAGAAUGAGACCGUGCUGCACCAGUUCUGCUGCCCAGCCGCUGAUGCCGAGCAGAAGCCCUCCUGUGCUGACCUGGCCUCCCACAGUGACGGCUCCUGCGCCCAGGCCAGUGGGGGCAUGGAGGACUCCGUGGUGGCAGCGGCAGCGGUGGCAGCCAGCAGACCCAGUGCCCAUGCCCUGAAGGCUCAAGCCCAGGAGCUGCAGGAGGAGGAGGAGCGGCCAGGGACAGGGGGUGCCUCCCCGAGGGCUGGCCCCCACCUCGCGGCCUCACCUGGCCGGCAGCAGCCUGCCCUGGCGACAGCGCUCUGCUCCCACACCCCUGCUGCCUCUGAUUACGAACUCUCCCUUGACCUAAAGAAUAAACAGAUUGAAAUGCUAGAACACAAGUACGGGGGCCACUUGGUAUCCCGUCGUGCUGCUUGCACCAUCCAAACCGCCUUCCGCCAGUACCAGCUCAGCAAGAACUUUGAGAAGAUCCGCAACUCGCUCCUGGAGAGCCGCUUGCCACGUCGUAUCUCCCUGCGCAAGGUUCGUGCGCCCACCGCGGAGAGCCUGGCGGCAGAGAAGGCGCUCAUGGAGGGCUACGGCCUCCUGGGGCUGCCGCUGGUGCGCUCGCCCUCCCUGCCGCCCACCUUCGCCGGCACGCUCACUGAGCUGGAGGACUCCUUCACCGAGCAGGUGCAGUCCCUGGCCAAGUCCAUCGAUGACGCCCUCAGCACCUGGAGCCUCAAAACCAUGUGCUCCCUGCAGGAAAGCAGCUCUUACCAGAUACACCAGGCCUUGCACACCGGCACUGGGCCGGCUGGCCUGGAGACGGGGAUGCAGGAGCCCGACAGUGCCUGUCCAGGGCUCAGGGAAGAGGCCGCCGAGGCUGCCGGCCUGUCCCAGGGCCACAGCAGCACCCUGAUGAUGGCUUUCCGGGAUGUCACUGUGCAGAUUGCCAACCAGAACAUCUCUGUCUCCUCCUCCACCGCUCUGUCAGUGGCCAACUGUCUGGGCGCACAGACUUCACAGGCCCCAGUAGAGUCCGUGGCCAGCCAAGCUGAGCCUGACCAGGCCCGCGGGCAGGAGGCUCCAGUGGCCCCAGACGCGGGCCAGAGAGACGCACCAGCUGAGAUCACGUGCGCAGAGGAGGGAGCCGAUGGGGCCCUGCACACCAUCCCGCCCGGGGCCAAGGACUUGGUGUUGGAGGAGACCCGGGCAGCGCAGGCAGAGGAGGAAGAGAAGGAGGAGGAGACAGGAAAGGAGGGAAUAGGGGCUGAGACCGGGCCCGAGGCUGAGGCCGAGACCAGCGACAACUUGGAGAAGCUAAGCAGCAGCAGCACGUCCACCAAGUCCGCCAAAUCAGUCUCGGAAGUCUCGGCCGCGGCCUCCAAAGAGGCCCUGCAGGCCAUGAUCCUGAGCCUGCCGCGCUACCACUGCGAGAACCCUGCCAGCUGCAAGUCACCCACGCUCUCCACGGACACCCUGCGCAAACGCCUCUAUCGCAUUGGCCUCAACCUCUUCAACAUAAACCCCGACAAAGGCAUCCAGUUCCUGAUCUCUCGUGGCUUCAUCCCUGACACCCCCAUCGGAGUGGCCCAUUUCCUGCUCCAGCGUAAAGGCCUCAGCCGGCAAAUGAUUGGAGAGUUCCUGGGCAACAGCAAGAAGCAGUUCAACCACGAUGUGCUGGACUGCGUGGUGGAUGAGAUGGACUUCUCUAGCAUGGAGCUGGACGAGGCCCUGCGCAAGUUCCAGGCCCACAUCCGCGUGCAGGGGGAAGCCCAGAAAGUGGAGCGGCUCAUAGAGGCCUUCAGCCAGCGCUACUGCAUGUGCAACCCCGAGGUGGUGCAGCAAUUCCACAACCCUGACACCAUCUUCAUCCUGGCCUUCGCCAUCAUCCUUCUCAACACUGACAUGUACAGCCCCAAUAUUAAGCCUGACCGGAAGAUGAUGCUGGAGGACUUCAUCAGAAACCUUCGAGGUGUGGAUGAUGGCGCUGACAUCCCCAGAGAGCUGGUGGUUGGCAUCUAUGAAAGGAUACAGCAGAAGGAGCUCAAGUCCAAUGAGGACCAUGUCACAUAUGUCACCAAAGUAGAGAAGUCCAUCGUGGGCAUGAAGACAGUGCUGUCAGUGCCCCAUCGCCGCCUGGUCUGCUGCAGCCGGCUCUUCGAGGUGACGGACGUGAACAAGCUGCAGAAGCAGGCCGCACAUCAGAGGGAGGUGUUCCUCUUCAAUGACUUGCUGGUGAUUCUCAAGCUUUGCCCAAAGAAGAAGAGCUCCUCCACGUAUACUUUCUGCAAGUCGGUUGGCCUGCUGGGCAUGCAGUUCCACCUCUUUGAGAAUGAGUAUUACUCUCAUGGCAUCACCCUGGUGACCCCGCUCUCGGGUUCUGAGAAGAGGCAGGUGCUGCAUUUCUGUGCCCUGGGCUCGGACGAGAUGCAGAAGUUUGUGGAGGACCUGAAGGAAUCCAUUGCAGAGGUGACGGAGCUGGAGCAGAUCCGAAUAGAAUGGGAGCUGGAGAAGCAGCAGGGAGCAAAGACGCUCUCCUUCAAGUCUGCAGGAGCCCAGGUGGACCCACAGUUGAAGCAGGGAUCGCCUACAGCCAAAAGGGAAGCCGCCCUGGGUGAGAGGCCUUCGGAGAGCACGGUGGAGGUGUCAAUUCACAACAGGCUCCAAACGUCCCAGCACAACUCCGGGCUGGGGGCCGAGAGGGGAGCUCCUGUGCCACUGCCAGACCUGCAGCCUAGCCCCCUGAGAGAGCAGCCCCCGCCGCCGCCGUUGCCACCGCUGCCACCCACGCCCCCGGGGACCCUGGUGCAGUGUCAGCAGAUUGUCAAGGUCAUUGUCCUGGACAAGCCCUGCUUGGCCCGCAUGGAGCCCCUGCUAAGCCAGGCUCUCUCCUGCUACGCCUCUUCCUCCUCUGACUCCUGUGGCUCUACACCCCUGGGCUGCCCGGGCUCCCCGGUCAAGGUCAUCCACCAGCCCCCGCUGCCCCCACCCCCACCCCCUUACAACCACCCUCACCAGUACUGCCCGCCAGGCUCCCUGCUGCACCAGCGCCGCUACUCCAGUGGCUCCAGGAGCCUGGUGUAGACUGUCCCCUGCACUGCUGUCCCAGGAGGGCUGCCGCCAGGAGCCCCUGCCACCCCUUUGCUGCGCCCCAACCCUGCCACUCUGCAUUCCUGGUCACCAUCCCUGUUGUUUUGGAAAGAGGACCCUAGUUCCUAGCACCUGGAGUUGCCUCACCUGAUCAGGCUUCCCUUACUCAGUUGAGCACCCUCUUUUUAACUCUGGAGACAUCGCCACACUCUCCUGGGCCCUGCACAGCCAGACACAGCCAGGCCUUCUCAUCCUCCUGCCACCACUCGCCACAUGAACCUUGGACCAGAGAGAAUAGGAACUGGGGGCCUGCCCGGCUUCUGGGUCUUGCAUCUGUUGGGCCCUGGGCCUCAGACAGGGAGGGAGGUACAGGGGCUGGAGGCCAGUACCCAAGCACCAGACAGAAGGUGGCCUGGCUCCCUGCUCAGCACUAGGUGCCACCCUGGGUGGAGGAGGGUUGGCCCUGGUUCUCUGGAGGAACCAGAAAAGUGGGAGCAUGAGGAGGGGACUUUCUCUGCUGCCCCUGCCCCCCACCCAAGCAUGACAGGCUCAGGAGGCUGCUGGUCUGUCCCCCAGGGUGUUGGCUGUCCUGGCCACUUCCUCCCCCUGCUCUUUCUCUGGAGCUGGGCCCUGCCUGCCCGGGGCUGCCCAGGCUCCAAGAAAGCUUUGACAAAGGGCUGAGAGAAGGGGACCAGUCUCAGCUCACUCUAGGUCAAGUCCCUAGGGCUGUGGAACUGUGAGGUUAGAUGUCUACAAAAGGAACCUUUUUAGAAUUUUAUUCCCUAGCCCCAAAUAAGACCCAGCCAACACAAAGUGCGCACUGGGCUGAAACAUAAACACGAGUGAGGACUAGGUGAAUUUCUCCCCCUGUGGGCGCGGGAACAGAACAAAGGAGCAGUGGUCUGCCUGGGGGCACCUGCCGCGUGACUUCUGGGGCCUCCAUGGGGGGUUUGGGUGCAGAGGCGGGUGAGAGAAGCAGGUGCUCCAUGGGCACUUGCAUGUCCUGUGCUGCUGACCCGAGCUGGCCCCUCAGCCUUUGCGUCUCCCACCUCUAGGCCUCCCCCAGGGAGGCACCAGGCCCACCUCCUGCAGGGGGUGCUAAAAGAGUUCCUACACCCUCAAAAUUGCAAAGGAGAGCAAAGUGGGGCUCCCUGACCCCCUCAGGACCAAGCAGCACUGGGGAGUCAACCUUUAGGUGACCCCACAGAGCCUGGGCAGCCCCCCUCAAAGACUGCAGGAAGCCCCCGGCCCCAGUCACACCUUUCAGGCAGCGUCUGUCCCUAGCCAGUCUGGACUCCUCAGCCCAGGGCCCUCACCCAAGGCUGGCCUGCACUGGGCUUCCCUCCUCCUGGGAGCCCAUCACCCAAGCAGCCCGAGCGAUGGACAUGAACAUGGGCCAGGUCUAAAGUGAACACGCUUCUCCCAGACCCCACCCUGUGUCCCACUGCAGUCCCCUGGGCCAGCAAGGAGACCUGGUUCUUCUCUGGCUCUCUGUGCUUCCAGAUGACCUAGUUGUGUUUGUAUGUAUGGAGUCACCAGACGUCAUUACGAUGUCCCCCAGUGAGUUUGUUUCUGGCCAUGUCUUUGUUAGUCUGGAUUCCAUAACUUGUGACCAGUUGCUGCCUCCUCCACUGUGGCUCCACAGCCCAGCUGUCUUUGUCCUGUGGUCUUGCCCCCUCUGCUGUGUCUCUGCUGUGACAGGGACACUGCAAUCAGAGCCUUCCAGAACAGAGUGGCUGACACAAAUUCAGACACGCCUGAUGCCCUCAGCCAGGGCAGGGCCCCCGAAGGCUGAGAGCAGGGCAGCAGGGGCAGAAUCGUGGGGGUGGGCGCGAGGGGAUCUUGAACGAGCAGCCAGAAGUGGAGUGAGAGUCACGGACGGGUGUCAGGGAGGAUGAGUUAGGGAGGAAGAGGAGCUUUGAGGCGGCUGACGUGUUUAUGAUGGAGUGGGAACCGUGAGUGCUGGGGGCUGGUGAGGAAGGACCCCAGCCCUGGCCAUCGGGCCCCGUGUCAGCCGCUCACACAGCACUCCAGGGUGACAAAGUGCCGGCCUCCCUGUCGAUGGGCACAGCAACUUGGGCCCCUCCCUCCCACCCCUGCUGCAGCCCUGACCUUCUCUGAGAACCCGGAUGCUCAGGGCCCGGGGCCUCAGCCCCCAGACCCCAGCACUUCGGUGGCUCCCUGGGCCCCACCGGCCGCCCGACCGUACUGGGAGUCCUGGCCUAGGAAGCAGACCCACCCAGGCUCAGCGGCACAUGGGGCCAAGCCUGAGCUGUGAGGGGCUUUUAAUCCCCAGUGGCCUGGGGCAAGGUGCAGCUGGCCCUCCUCACUGCUGAGGGAGCAAGAGUCCCCAGCAUCUGCAUCCUCCCUCCCCGAUCAGCCAACAGGCUAAGGCUGGGACCCACCUCUGUCCCCACCCCCAGGGCCUGGCCCCCAGAGGCCUUGGCCGAGCCUCCUGCCCUUGCAGAGGCCCAGCUGGAGAUGCAGAGAUGAGCACAGGCCCUCCUGCUCUCCAGAGCUGAGGGGCAGUGCUCCAUGGCUGAGCCUCCAGAUACAGCCUCCUGGGUGUGCGCCCAGUUACCCUGACAUGCCCUGCUCCAUCAACUAUCUAGGCCUUACUUUGGGGGACCCGAGCCCCUCUCUCAAUUUUAUCUAUUUGGCUCCGGCUCCAGAAUUAGGAGUAGAGAUAAAACUAGCUUUUCCACCCACUUUUGGGCAAGUCCCACCUCCACAUCUGCCCGGGCAGCUUGACCUAGAAGCCUGCCUGCCUGCCCGCCUGUGUCCAACGGCACACACCUUUAUCAGCCCUGGGUCCUUGACCCCUGAAAUCCGUAGCCCCACCCCCACCCCACCUGUUCCCCCAUGGCCUGCCAGAAUGUCUCUUUGUGCCCAAUAGGCUUCCCCGAUAGCCAUCUGUCUGUCCCUGUGUUAGGCUGUACAUCCUCCCUGCUGCACCCUCCUCCCUGCGGAUGCCCCUUCGCCCCAUUGGAGAGGAGCCUCUCUAGGGAAAGGCAGGGUGGCUGCUCCCAGCGACUAAUCCAAAUGGCAAAUAUUUUGUAAUGAAAUAGCCCAGAGGUAUUUUAUCUGUUCAAUUCAUAGAGUUUUAGAGAUUAUAUUGAAAUAUGUCUCUUGAGCAAA